AUGGCGUCCUCAAAGCGUUGGCCGGCGCCCAUCCACGUCUUCUCUUACCGCGCCCUUCUUGUGGUGCCCGUCAUCCUGGCCAUCGCCACGUUCGCGUCUCUCUUCAUCCAUUCCGACGUCAACGUCGCCCUUCUCUACUCGCAAUGCGAUGCUCGCGCGCGUCUUCCGGCCAUUAGCAAGGUCCCAGUCCUGGGCCCGCCGGUGUGCUUCGCCAUCAGCUUCUUCCAGAGCGCGCUGGGCUCGAUGCGGACCUUCGCGAGCAUGGCUGCCAUCCUGUCCUUCAUCGCCGGCCUCAUGACCGUCACCACCGUUGAGGCUGCACGUAUCUGUAACGCACCGAACAUCCUCAUCGCCAAUCCCACGGGCCCCUGGUUGAUCAUCAACCUGCUGGGCGGUGCGGUGGUGUGGCAGCUCGUCAUCAUCCCGGCCUUCUUUCACCGCUCGCGUUCCAUCCUGCUUGCGAGGAAGAAGGCUGGCCAGGAGGUUGUUGAGAGCGCGGCAUCCAAGGACCCGGACUUUGGCAAGGACUCCCGUCAUCUUGUCGUGGACUCGGAGAUCGUCGCCAUCCCCGUCAGCGUUGCGUGGGGCUUCAUUUUGCCGUCCAUCCUCAUGCUCAUCUACAACUCGCCCAUCACAAUCGCCAUCUGGCUCGUGUUCCCAAUCUGGGUGUCCCUCAUCCGCCAAGCCGUCCGAUGGCUCGUCUUGCGACUGCAGAAGCGCCAACACCGCAGUUUCCACCUCGAGUCUCACACAGUCUCUAUCCUGCUCGUCUACAUCGUCCCCAUUCUAUGCUCCGCUGUUUCCCAUGUGUAUCUUAUCUGGAGUCUCUUCCAGUGGGACGACAGAAAAGAGAUGACGCGUGCCACGAUCAAGUUUGUUGAAAUCGACAUGUUCUUCAUUGGGCUGACCGUCCUGUACUGGCUUUUCGUCGAAACUGGGUGGAAGGUUCCGCUGGUGGCAGUUCUUGCGGCCAUUCCACUGGGCCCUGGCGCGGGUGUCUGUAUCGCCUGGAUCUAUCGGGAUACUCAGAUUCGCGAGCAUCUCAAGCACUGGCUAUCAGAUGUCAUUGGCAGCGAGGAGGCCAACGAGGAGGGCGGAAAUGCGGCAGAUGAGGAGACACCUUUGCUUCACUGA